UGCAAGAAUUUGUGUGUGAUGUGUUCUGGAGUUUGGGAAUGUGUUUUGUGUUAUUCUGUCUGAGCAGUGGUGUUCUAAAGGUUGGAUGUGUCUUCCGCUAAGGGGAAACUCUGCCGAAAUUUCGUGGACGCCGACACUUGUGAAAAUAUCGAGGGAGCUGAGUGUGGACUGCAAAGGGGGGCUGAAAUUCGUCAUUUCUCAAGGAGAAGAUGAAUGAGAGAGGAGGAGAUGCUAAUGGAAGAGGAGCUGUAGCUGAGAAGACAAGUGCACAAGGUAACGCCUAUCCUGGGAUGUAUCUCAUGGUUGAGGAUGUGCAUGGGCAUGAGGGUGAUGUGGGAUCUGUGGGAAAGGUUGUGAUGCACCCUCUCACGCACUGGGUGAUUGAUUCGGGUUGCACCAGUCACAUGACUCCACGGGCAGAUUUGCUUGAUGAGGUAAAACCCCCUGGGAAGAUCAAGUAUGUGGCAGCAGCAUCAGGUGCUUUGCUCCCUGUCAUUGGUGUUGGGAAUGCCAAGGUUAAGGGAGCUAAUGGGGAGCUUGUGGGGCUUGGGAAUGUUCUGCUGGUUAAAGGCUUGUCUGCUAACCUUCUCUCUGUGCGGCGACUGCAGAAGAGUAAGGCCGAAGUGACCUUUGGACCAACCAGCUGCCGUGCAAAGCUUGGGAAGAAGGUGCUGUGGAGUCUGGAAGAGGAGACCAGCUGCAUCAAGGACCUGUGGCAGCUGCCCAUCAUCCCAUGGAAUGGGAAGACUCCAACAGCAGCAACGACAGCAGCGGCAAAGGCAACAGCAGGAGGAGAUGCAACUGCACCAACUGAUGGGGUCCUGGAAGCAGUCAAGAAAGUGCAGCAGCAGCAGACACAUGGUGAGGUGCUUGCUGGUGUGGAUGCGAGUGCGGCAUGGGCUAAGGCUUCAUCAAGGAGUGGAGAGGCCGAUUGGGAGACAUGGCAUGAGAGGCUGCGUCAUGUGAACUUCCCUAUGCUGCAGAAAGCCCCUUCCCUCUCAGGCAGCCGCUAUUUCUUGACAAUUGUGGAUGACCACACUCGGGCAGUGUGGGUUUACCCUUUGAAGAGCAAGGGGGAGGUGGCAGCGGCUGUCCUUAAGGAGUGGAUGCCGAGAGCUCAGAGGGAAUGUGGACACAAGGUGAAGGUGAUCCGCAGUGACAAUGGUGGGGAGUUCAUUGGAGCUGAUUUUGAGGGGGAGAGGUGGUGCUGUGAGCUGGCGCAGCAAGAAGCAGAAUGAGGUGGGAUUGUCCUCAUGUGAGACUGAGUACAUGGCCUUACACCAUGGGGCCAAGGAAGUAGUAUGGCUGAGGCGUUUGUUGGAGGAGUU